CGCGAAAUCUUCACUGAGUCUUGCCUUCGUCACCUUUAGAAGUUUGUACUGCUUAAACAGCAAGUGGAUACACAAGGACAAGAAUUAGGACUUACCAUACGUAUCAAUUCUGUAUUUCAUAGCACGAAUAUUCGGCCUUACCUUCUCUCAACUUCCCUGAAUAAACCAUUGCGUCCAUCCCUUCUUUCGCAUUGAGGCAUCUCGCAUAAGCAUCCUACAUACACACAUAUACACUUACACCCAACCCUACACAAACGAAUCGCACGAUCCCACAAUGUCGACACCAGCCACGCAACCCGUAAUAACGUCCUCGACGUCCCUAACAUCCAAACCCACCAUCCGGGUCGGCACCCGUAAAUCCGCGCUCGCACUCAAACAAGCCGAUUUCGUAGUAACCUCCCUCCAACGCCUCCACCCAACCGUCAACUUCGAGAUCAAGGGCAUGCACUCCACAGCCGACAAAGACAAGAUCACAGCAUUGUACAAGUUCGGUGGUAAAGGUCUAUGGACGAACGAGCUCGAAGCGGAGUUGCGCAUUGGGGAGUUGGAUAUUAUUGUGCACUCCCUGAAAGAUAUGCCGACUAGUUUACCCGAUGGAUUAGUUUUGGCUUGUGUUACUGAACGCGAGGAUCCACGUGAUGUGGUGGUGGUGAAGAAGGGACUUGAGAAUAAAUAUAAGAAAUUGGCUGAUUUACCGGAGGGUGCUGUGGUGGGAACGAGUAGUGUUAGGCGCAUGGCGCAGAUCAAGCGCAAGUACCCGCACCUACGGUUCCAGGACAUGCGCGGGAAUAUCGAUACGCGACUUAAGAAACUCGAUGCUGAGGAUAGCGAGUUCUCGGUUUUGAUCCUCGCUGCGGCGGGAUUGUUAAGGAUGGGCCAGGAUGCGCGCAUUGCGCAGUAUCUUGAUAGUACGACGGAGGGCGGUGGUAUGCUGCAUGCUGUCGGCCAAGGAGGACUAGGGAUCGAGGCGAGAGCUGAUGAUCAGAAGACCUUGGACUUGCUGAAGGAGCUCGAGAACAGGGAGGCUAUGAUCGCGUGUGAAGCCGAGAGAAGCGUUAUGAGGACACUCGAGGGUGGGUGUAGUAUUCCUAUUGGUGUCGAGACGCAAUGGCUCGGUGACAACAAGUUGAGGCUAACGGCAACGGUUGUUAAUGUCGAGGGCACCGAAGCUGCCGAUGCUGAGAAGAUCGAGGAGAUCAAGACUCGAGAAGAAGCCGUCGAGUUUGGCAUAAAGGUGGCUAAGCAACUGACAGACAACGGCGCGCAAAAGAUCCUAGACGUGAUAAAUGUGGAUCGAGAGGCAAGCAGAGACAAGGCUGAGCCGUGGGUUCCAGCAUAGAGAUGUUAUCUCGAGCUUCGAACUACUGGGGCUAGGUUCAUUAGAAAGCAUAAAAAUGAUUCGGACGAUAAUGGAUGUUUUUCUUUAUAGAACUCUGGCCGUCCAUCUAUGUAACCUUAGAUAGGUAGAAAAAAUCUUCCGUAGAUGCAUUGCUUCCGCCAUAUUGACGAUGAGAGAAUAAAUACCCCAUACGAGUUUAUGAUACAAGGUUGAGCCC